AGUGAAAGAACCAUCAUGAAAAAGAUCUCAAAGAGGAAAGAAGAUAUGAAAAAAAAUUUAGAAGCAGAAGAAAAUCAAAACGUAAUAGAAACGUUGAGAGGCAAAGUAAGAGAAAAACUGAAAAGUGCUAAGAUUAAUCAAGGUAAAAAAUCUUCAACUCACCUACUCAUUGAUGACAAGAUAUAUAAAUGGCCUAAGACUGAAGUCUUAUCAGAUGAAGGCCUUUCGUUUUUCAUGCCGAAUGGCGAAGAAGGUUCAGCUUCGGGCUGGUGUUCAGAGCAGAUAUCAGUAAAUGACAGCUAUCCCAAACAUUUUUCACUGAGUGAUAAGUUACAAGAUGUUGCUGAAGGCCAGUAUCAAGACUUUAUGGUGGAAGUCAUUUUUCCCGAUUUACUUGAAGUAAAAGCUGCUGAAUAUGAAGUUGAUCAAGAACAAAUCAAAAAACAACAGGCAAACAUUUUUGUGCCAAGUAGUUCUCCAGUGGUUAACCAGCGUAAACUGCCAAAAGAUAUGAUGCCACGCAUUUUAGAAGAUGAAGGAUUCUAUAUCCAGAGAAAACCAGAAAUCUAUAAAAAGACCUGCAACAAAAUGGAAAAUCGCCUGCUCACCACAGAAGAGGGGAAGUGUUGGUUUGAUGAAAGUGGAGAAAUCAUGUCAUUACCUUCACCCAUCAGACAAUCAUGGAAUUUCAGGCUAAACACAAGCAAGGAAUCUUUAAAUCCAGCACUAAAGACCAUAUACAGAAAGGCAGUGAAAUCCGAUCUGGAAAGCUCUGUUAGGAGCAAAAUGGAAGGUCAAAGGGAAAUGUAUCAAUUAGAUCUUAACAUUGUGGGUUUGCAGUUCAGCCAUCAUCCUCUCUUCAAUCAAGAACAAGUAUUAUGUGCUAGGCUGCUUCAACUGUAUGAGUGUUUUCAGGACAGACAGCAACAGAAUUUACCUCAGCUGCUUUAUGAGAAGCUGAUAGCACUGACAGAUGCUACCAAAUCAGCAAAUGAAAAUUUGGAAGUGAGUCAGCUAACUGAAACAUCUCUACAAGAUUAUUAUUGGCAGAUAAGGAAUACAAAACAGCUCUAUGAUUUAGAAAGAGGAAAAGACUUCUCCCUAUUACACAGUAUAUUACGGACUUGGAAACAAAUAAAAUCACUCCGACAACGACAAGGGUUUACGAGCACCCCAGUGAAGUUACAGUUUCAAAGAAUAAAAAUGAAGAAAUGUGAUGAGCAAAAUCCAGAAGACCUGUUAGAAAUGUCUGAGGCUCAGAAGAAAACUGAAGGAAAAGCAUCUAAAAAUGGGGAAAAACAAAAGAACCUCUCAUAUUUUGCUUCAGAGCUUGAAGAAACAGAUAUUGAAAGAAUAAGACCAAGUGCCUUGAUGCCACUACUUUCUUUCACUACAGAAUUAACAAACUCAUCCAACUGUUCAUUGCAUGAACAAAAAAGGAGAGCCAAGAUUCAGAAGCUUAAAUAUUUUAUUAAAAUAUUAUACAACGAUAAGCAGGUUUCCUGCACAUCUGUAUCUCCCCUACAGCUUGAUUUUAAAGUCAUGUUUCAGCAAAUUUUCAAUAUUCAGUUAAUAUAUUGGCCAGAAACAAUUUGCUUGGAGGUUUAUGAAGUAAGUCAAAAGACAAGCUUGCUGGCAAAACUGUAUCUACCAUUACCUAACAACACAGAGCUGAAAAGCAAAACUGUUUUGGAAUGUGUAGAGUUCAGCUCUGAUGAGCUGGUCACACCUGCGUAUGGAGAAGUAGGAAGCAAUGUGCCUUUCCUUCUUGAGGGAAAUGGAACUGAAGAACUUUGUCUUUUGACAUCAGGAAAACUAAGCUACUGUCUAUCGUGGGCUUUAGAUGAAAAUGGCGUUCCUCUGACAGCCAUGUCGCAGUCCUUGAGAUCUGCUUACUGCAGUGUGUUAAAGAAUGUAGAUGCAAGAGGAGUCCCUGGAAUUCCAUGGCUCAUUAAUGCACAGAAGCUCUUUGAAUGGGCAAAUGAAGUAAAAAUUGAUCCAAAUAAUCCAGAAUAUUCUGAUUUAAUGGAAUAUAUCAUGUACAUGAAACAUAAAGGACAGGAUAUUCCAAAGUAUUUUCGUCUUGAACAGAUGCAAGAUGAAUUUAACUUUGUUUCUGAAGAGGAAAUGAAAAAGAGUAAACGUUUCCAGCUAUUGCAACUUCGAAAUGCAGGUCAAUUAGACGUUUUCCUUCUGCAGCAAAUGCCCCUCCAUAAUAAAGAGAUUCCAGAUUUACUCUUCCAGGAAUAUGAAACUCAGAUAGAGAAAGAUAUCUCCAUUUCAGAUGUCAAUUCCAUUACCACACAAAGGAUUACUUCUGCCAAUUUUCUGAAAAAGAUGAGAAAGUUGAUAAUGAAAAGGAUUGUCAAAGUUAGCAAAUUUAACUUAUCAGAUGUUGUGGCUGAUUAUGAAGAAAUUGUAUCUGCAAGCCAGUUGACACUUGCAGUUUGUAAGCUUGUUGAACGACAAAGAAAGUUAAAGCCUCAAAGGAAAGAAAGGAAAAAGGUGGCCGCACAGACUGUCUGUGAUGGAGAUGUUAAGAUUCUUGUUAGAAUACUGCGGGCUUACAACAUUCCUACCAGGAACACAACAGUUAAUAGAGCCUUGGAGCUGCCUACUUAUUUGAUAUCAUCCGUAUCUCGCCUCCGACAUAAGGAAACAGUCAAAUCAGUAUCUUCAGAUAAGAUCUUAAAUGAGGGUACUGUACACCCUUUUGUGGAAGUUUCCUUUCAACACACUGUAUACCGAACCAGUACUGCGAGUGGAUCUCAUCCGUGCUGGAAUGAAGAAAUUAAAGUAGAUUUUAUCUCACCAGGACAUGAUUAUAGCUUCUCAAGCUUAUCUAAAAUAAAAGAUAAUAUAUAUAUCAACAUUUUUGAUGAAAUGAUUAUUGAAAAACAUGAGGAUCCCUAUUUCAAGAGCUGCAGUAGUCAUUCACAUAUAAGAAAGAAUUGGCUGGGGUCCAUUGUCUUCCCUUUCUCUGCUCUCCUGCAGCAAUGUGAGAUUAGUGGAACAUUUCAAGUAAAUACUCCGCCAGUUUUGCUUGGGUAUACUUGGAGUAAGACUUAUGUGUCUCCUAAAGAAGAGUGUAGUGGGCAGAAUUUAAAAGAAUGUACCUUCUUAAAUAUUUUUGCUACCAUCGAACCUCAAAUAUCAUAUGUCACCUGUAAUUCAGAACUAGACAAGUUUUCAGAUCAAACAGAUGUUUUUGAGAGGGCGCAGAUUUUUAAAAAAAGUUGUAAGGCGAUGUUUCCCAACCGAAGAAUCACAACUACUGUGUUUAAUGGUGAAGGGAUGCAGAUCUUAGUAACGAGAUACAUCAAGGCAUUAAAUCCACCUCAGCAACUCCUGGAUAUAUUUCUUCAUGAUUCUAAUGCAACACUUGACCUUAUCGCUCGCUUUGUAUCUUUGAUUCCUAUUGUGCCUGAUAUUCUGGAUGAAAAUGAUGGUUUUGAUAUAUGGAUGACAUCAGAGCGCUGCGUCAGUCUGGCUAUCGGCAAUAAGGAAGAACAUGCCAUACUACUCUGUAAUUUCUUUCUGUAUUUUGGAAAGAAGGCUUUGGUCCUCCUGGGGACCUCAAUGUUGGAAGGGCAAGUGGCUUAUGUGUUAACGCAAGAAACUGAUGAAUAUUUGCUUUGGAAUCCAUUAACUGGGCAAUGUUAUAAGCAGUUUGACCCAUUUUGUCCCUUACAAAGUGUGGACUGUUUGUUUGAUGAUGGAAAUGUCUGGUUUAAUAUUCAACAAAAUAAUACACCAAUGGCUGUACAUUUUGACUAUUCAAAAGAAAGUUUCUGGAAACAGUUGCUUCCCAAAAAUUUCCAAGGGACAAAAGCACAAAGUAUACAGCCUGAGGAAAUAAUUUAUUGUGAGACCAAUAAAAGCAUGAUAGAAGAUCUAAAGAACAGGAUUGAAAGAACUCUGGAAGGUAAAAUGAUGGAAUGGCGACCUAAACAGCCAACACACUGGAAUCGACAGUGUACUUAUAUUUUACGAAAAAUCCUUCCUAAACUAGAACUUGGCACUGGAAGCUUUGUGUCAUCUGAAGAGAGUGAAUUUGAAAGCCUACUACAAUUUUAUUGGGUCACAGGAUUUCCUAUCCAGAUGCCAUACACUGAUGUGCAGUCAAUUAUCGAUGCUGUGUAUCAAACUGGAAUUCACUCUUCUGAAUUUCCCCAGACAGAAUUUGCUCUAGCUGUAUACAUUCACCCAUACCCAAACAACGUAUUAUCUGUGUGGGUCUAUUUGGCUUCCUUAGCUCGACAUCAGUGAAAAGGAAGAAGAGAAAAGGAAAAUGUGGUGUGUGUGUGUGUGUGUGUGAGUGUGUGUGUGUGUGUGUUUUAUGGGCCCCUUGCCCAAAGCUAUCGAGACUUUUCUAGUAUUUCAGAUUUUGCUACUUAUCCUCAAGUCCAGCCAAAUGUGAGCCCGAAUUUUGGUUCCCUUAGGGAGUUGGGUACCACAGAGACUCACUGCCUGAACCUUUAAAAAUGAGUCUAGACCUCCUCAAGGAGAACACUUCAGGCAGUCUGGUGGCUGGGUCACUGUCUACAGUAGGUCUUACUAUUGGAAAGAAGCAAUUCUGCCCCCUCCCUUUUAAGCCAGUAUUACUCAAAUUGUAGGCCUCACACCACCUCAACUGAAUCACCCUGGAGAGCCUUGUUGAAAAUGCAAAUUCCCACACCCCCUAAGACCUACUGGGAGUGGAGCUCCAGAACCCACAUUAUUUUAGAUAAGCUCCCUAGAUAAUUCUGAUGACCUGUUAAGAGUGAAAACCCUGCCGUACGGAAUGUUGUCACUACUAGAGUGAGGCUGGUACUUUUGAAGCUGGUUCUGAUGUAAUUCCAGGUAGGAGGUAUUCAAGUUACAAACUCAGGUCAUCGCCUCUCCAAAGGUUAUUUCCCUGCAUAAGAGUAAAGGAAAAAUCUGCCAGGUUGGGCUGAGGGCUGAGGGCAGCUUCUCGAACCUCCUAAAAGUUUUCACUUGAGAUGCUACUUACCUGAAGUUCUUUCAGCGCCUAGUAUUUGGAAAGACUUCCCAAGAAACUCUGUCUAAUAUGUUUUCCUGAUUCUGUGAGAAAGGGAGAAAAUGGUCUUAUCAAAUCUCAGGGCUCCUUUUUUCCUUAGCAACCUACCAUUCUCGCUCUUGGCCCUUUUCUGCUGCUUUUCUUUCCCAGCAGUGGCUCCAAGGAGGCCCAUCUAGAUCCUACGAGCCUCAAGAGAGAGUGGACAGGGAUCUUAGAAGCUCUGUACUUUCUUCUUUUUGAUUGUGCUUCACUGAGAAAAGUAUUUACACAGUUUACUUAAAUGCUACAGAAUAACUUAUUCUAAAAAAAAAAAAAACCCAAAGGGUACAGAUUCCCAAAGGUUGAUGAGA